CUGUAUUGUAGCCUUGUAGGUUAGGUUAUUCAUAAAAAAAUAUUAAAUCAUUUCAGUUUGCUCAUACAUUUUACAAAUCAUAUAAAAUAGUGAAUAUCCAGAAGGGGUCCUUAGUCAUUAAUUCAAAUAAUUCAUUAAUCAUGCAUAAAAUCUUAAAUAAACACGAAAGAUAGAUUCGAAGUAAAAAUGAUUUUUAAAAAUAUUUCCCGACGUUAUCUGCGUUCUUGUUGGAAAAUCUGUCAUAGAAAUCACAGUAGAAAUAUACUGAAAUUACAUGAACGUGGAAUGUAUCAAGAUAUUUUUCCUAAUACAUCAGCGUCAGAAAUAUUAAAUAUUUUGAACCAAUCUCCUCAAUGUGUGUAUGCUGGUUUUGAUCCAACCGCUAACAGCCUUCAUGUGGGCAAUUUACUUGUGAUAAUAAAUUUAUUGCACUGGCAGAGAGGAGGACAUAAUGUUGUAGCACUGUUAGGUGGUGCAACAGGAUGCAUUGGCGACCCAAGUGGAAAGAGUUCUGAUAGACUUGCAUUGCCUCCUGAGACUAUACAAGAAAAUAUAAAUUGUCUAAGGAAGAAUUUAGAAGUGGUUUUUGAAAAUCAUAGAAAAUAUAUUUGGUCCAAAAAUGAGACUAAACUAAAACCUAUUAAGAUUGUUAAUAAUGAAACAUGGUAUAGAAAGAUAGACUCAAUACAAUUUGUGAGUGAAAUUGGAAGAAAUUUUAGAAUGGGAACUAUGUUGCUGAAGCACAGUGUACAAAGCAGAAUUAAUUCAGAAGUGGGAAUGAGUUUUACUGAAUUUGCCUAUCAAAUAUUCCAAGCUUAUGAUUGGUUGCACCUCCUAAAUGAAUAUAAUUGCAGGUUUCAGAUAGGUGGAAGCGAUCAAAUGGGAAACAUAUGCGCUGGACAUGAACUGAUUAGUAGAACUGCAAAGAAAAAUGUUUAUGGAUUAACUUUACCAUUAGUGACAACAGAAGAAGGUGAUAAAUUUGGAAAAUCAGCAGGAAAUGCAAUAUGGCUUGACCCCCAGAAGACCAGUCCAUACAGUUUAUACCAGUAUUUCAUAAGGACUAAGGAUUCAGAAGUGGAGAGAUUGUUAAAACUGUUUACAUUUUAUAACUUGGGAGAAAUAAAGGAUAUAAUGUUCAAACAUUCUCAGCACCCACAAGAACGGUAUCCUCAGCAAUGUUUAGCCGAACAUAUAACUAAAUUAGUACAUGGAGAGGAAGGAUUAGUUCGUGCACGAGAGGCCACGUCAGCUAUCUAUAGUAAGGACAUCAACUCAUUAAUAUCACUAAGUUCUACUGAACUGGAACAAGUGUUUGAAGGAGCGCCUAUUGUUACGAUGCUUCUAUCUCCUGCUCUAACUGUGCUGGAUUUGGGUAUGAAGGCGAAGUGCUUUGCAACUGAAAGUGAUGCCCUGAGAAUAAUACAAGCUGGUGGUUUUUACAUCAACCACCAAAAAGUGAAAAAGGUAGAUGAAGUUAUAACGCAGGCAGCACAUAUUUUGCCAAAUUUAACAUCACUCUUGAGAGUAGGAAAAAGAAAUUACUAUAUUAUUAAGUGGCUUACGUGAAUAAUACUAUAAUAUAAGGAAUAAAAUAAAAGUUGAGCAUAA